AUGGAUUACGACCGCCAACCCAAUUAUCCUUACAGAAGACCAACGCGCAACGAUAACUACGAUGCAGCGUUAGCAGGUGUCUUUGCAAAUGCACCUCCAGGAGCUGUACUAUCUGACAACACUGGCGGAAGGCCGGCGAAGGGAAGAGAAAGCGGUAAUGUGCACGAAAGGAUUAAUUCAAGGGGUGGCAACAGUAACGAGGACUGGGGAACGCAAAGAACAUGGGAGAGUGACAGAGGUAACAAAACCAAAACGGGUAAUACCAAGGAAAACUCAAGACUUGGAGAUAGUCGAGGUCCUGCUAGAGGUUCUACGUCGCAGUACCAAUCCAAUAACACAUCCUCCAUAGAUGUCGACCAAAAGGCGAUAACAGAAAAGUUGUCUGCAUGGCAUUCGCUAGUAGACCCAGACGCAGAAAAUGUAAAGGGUGGUAUAGGCUCUGGUCAACUUCAUCGUUCAGGACGAAAUUAUAUACCAGUGUCUGAACAAGAAGUGUUAGAAAUUCAGAGAAAAAACAAGAAAUGGGGCGGAAAAAAGAAAAGAGACAAAGAUAAAGACAGAAAAGACAGAGAAAAUGUGUCGAGAACCAGUUCACGACCAAGUCGUCACUCGACACAGUCAAAACGCUCAAAGUCGCCCACAAAUCCUGGCUUAAAUCGACGGAAAUCAACUCCUGCUCCGGCGCAAUCAUCAUCCCGUUAUACUUCUUCCCCAUUACAGCCGAAAAACCAAUUUCAAUACGAUCAACAAUUACCUCAACAGCAGCAACAACAUUAUCAACACCAGCAGCAACAACAGCAACAGCAACAGCAACAACGACAUCAACUACAAUCGUCACCGUCCUAUCGCUCAAAUCAUGCCGGUGUUGGAGAAAAGUAUGGUGGAACAAAGUCUGGAUCGCUUACUAGUGAAGGUGUGAGAAGUGAUAAAGGAGUAACAAUGGGAAGGCAAGAUAAACAGCAAUUAUCGCAACAUGAUCAAAACCACAACCACCCUUCGCAAGAUGAUACGACAGCUGAUUCUCAAUAUGGGAACCAGGCACAUCAAUAUACGCAGUUUAACCAGUACAAUCAAUAUAACCAGUACACUCAGUAUAACCAAUAUACUCAAUACACCCAGCCAAAUCAAUACACUCAGCAACCAUCCCAUUACUCUACACACUACUCCACACACUAUUCAACCAACCAUUAUCCUCCCCACACUAUUUCUCACACCACCCGCCCAAAACGCACCCCUUCCCCAUCUCCAUCCCAAUCCUCACUAUCCUAUUCUACCUCCAUCGAAGACUCCUCAGAGGAAUACGCCUAUCGCUCUGGAACGUAUAACGAUUCUCUGCAAACGUCGUCACAGGAAUCGGAAUCAGAUUCUGAAGGGCAAUAUGAAACGUCCGAUUACGAACGGGAUUACGAGCAGAAUGGGUAUAGACUAAGAGAACAUUACCAAGUUGGCGGUUCGCGAAGUCACGGAUCGGGCGCUGUUCCUUCUACCUUGCAUCCUACUUACUGUGACGAAGUAUCAGGACGGAAAGAUGUCUUGUUGAAGAUUAAUAUUGAUGUAGGAGAGGCCGAUGAAUACUCGAUUUAUGUGUGCGUGAAUGACAAUCCUGCAGAUUUGGCGAGAAUGUUUUGCAAAAACCAUGGAUUCACAAAUCCCCAAGUUGAGGAGGCUUUAGCGAAGUUAAUUGAAGAAGAAAAGAGGAAGCGAUUAGGGUGA